GCAAAACAUGCCUCAAAGAUGAUCCAUCAAGCUUUAGCUCUCCCUCGUUUGCCUCAUCUCAGUACAGGAUUUGGGUCUAAUGGAGACGUGUUUUUCCAUCAAUCACGAACAAAGAACCAAGUACUAGCUUUUUCAGCUGCUGGUGAUGAUCAAAUCUCCAGUUCCAAGACCAUUCAGACAAGGAAAGUAGUUGAGCAUGUGAGUUUACUCAAAGCCAAAGAGAGUUUGUCUGAAGAGAAAGAAAAGGAUAUGCUUGAUUAUCUUUACACUUGUCAGUACCAAAUGAGAGGCAUCGUCGCUAUCUCUGUAGGUAGUAUUGGUGAUAGAAACAGUGAAGGUUACACGCACGCUCUCUUUGUGCGGUUCCAGAGGAAAGAAGACCUUGAGAAGUUCUACGAGAACCCUCUCUUCUUGAAAGUUCUUAGUGAACAUGUAACACCAUUCUGCCAUGGGCUAACUAAUGUGGACUAUGAAUCAGAAGUUGAAGAUGACAUCCUUUCGAUAUUUCGAAAAGGCGAGGAAUACAACUACGGCGAAGAGUUUGUUCUUCUAGUUACUUUUGCCAAGAACGCUUCAGAGAAGAACAUUAAAGAUGCAAUGGAUUCUUUUGCACAGCUAACUUCAUCUCUCCCAUCCUUAAUUGUUCAGUCCACACAAGGUUCAAACUUUAAUGACAGCAGUAAGGAAUUCACACAUGCGGCAGUAGUUCGAUUCCGUUCCUUUGAUGCCAUGGAGAUUUUCGUUGAGGGCAGAGAGUAUAAAGAUAUGUGGAGGUCUCAAUUUGAGCCGUUCAUAGAGAAAUCAGUAGCUCUUCAUUUCUCUGUGGAUCCUGUGGGCACAGACGUCAUGUGAGUCCACAUCACACAACAUUUCAAAUUUCAACCAGACAUGUAAAGAUUUGUUUCUUGCAAUGCAUUCCAAGGUUCUCACUCUUUCUUCUGAUACAACAAAACUAUUGCAGUAAGAUUCAUAUAUACUUUGUUGCUAGUCCGUCUCAAAAACAAAAUUGCCACAUGAAAAGCUUGACAAGAUAAAUUGUAUAAGUAUUG